CCCGCGGCCCCGACGCGCCUAACGCCGCCGCCCGCCGGUCCCCCCGCCGCCGCCGCCGCCCGCGCCCCCGCCUCGGCCGCCGCAGCGCCGCCCGCAGCAUGUCUCGGAGGAAGAUCUCGUCCGAGUCCUUCAGCUCGCUGGGCUCCGACUACCUGGAGACCAGCCCCGAGGACGACGGGGAGUGCCCCCUGUCCAGGCUCUGCUGGAACGGCAGCCGGAGCCCGCCCGGGCCGCCCGAGCCCCGCGCGGCCGCCGCCGUCGCCCCGGCCCCGGCCGCCGCCUCCUCCGCCGCCGCCGCUGCCGCCGCCGCCGCCGCCGCCGCCGCCACGGCCGGGGCCAGGAGGGCGCAGCGCCGGAGGCGGGUCAACCUGGACUCGCUGGGCGAGAGCAUCAGCCGCCUGACGGCGCCCUCGCCUCAAACGAUACAGCAGACUCUCAAGAGGACCCUGCAGUAUUAUGAGCACCAAGUUAUUGGUUACAGGGAUGCAGAAAGGAAUUUCCACAGUAUCUCCAACAGAUGGUCCUAUGCAGACCAUUCCAGCAAAGAGGAAGUCGAAGACGUCUCAGGAAUCCUUCAGUGCGCUGCUAACAUGCUCGGUUUGAAGUUUGAGGAAAUCCAAGAGAGAUUUGGCGAGGAGUUCUUCACUAUAUGCUUUGAUGAGAAUGAGCGAGUCCUUCGAGCUGUGGGCGGGACCUUGCAGGAUUUCUUUAACGGCUUUGACGCCUUGUUGGAACACAUUAGAACUUCUUUCGGAAAACAGGCCACGCUGGAGUCGCCGUCGUUCCUGUGCAGGGAGCUCCCCGACAGUGCCCUGAUGCUGCACUAUUUCCACCCCCACCACACCGUGGGGUUCGCGAUGCUGGGGAUGAUCAAGGCCGCAGCCAAGAAGAUCUACCGGCUGGACGUGGCCGUGGAGCGGGUGGCUGCUGAGAAGCUGGGCUCCGACGCUUCGACGCCCGGCAACUGCAGCUGUCUUACCUUCCUUAUCAAAGAACGGGAAAACACCAACGUCCCGAAGAACCUUCCCCAGGGUUCCUCCCACGUGCCCGCGGACCUCAGAAUCAGCAUCAGCACCUUCUGCAGAGCUUUCCCGUUCCACCUGAUGUUUGACCCGCACAUGUCCGUCCUCCAGCUGGGGGAAGGCCUGCGGAAACAGCUGCGGUGCGACACUCAUAAAAUGCUCCAGUUCCAGGACUGCUUCGAGAUCGUGUCCCCACGGGUGCAGGCUGCCUUCGACAGGGUCCUGCUGCGCCUGUCCACCCCCUUCGUGAUCAGGACCAAGCCCGAGGCUUGUGGCACUGAGAACAAAGAUAAGGUGAUGGAGGUCAAAGGACAAAUGAUCCAUGUCCCGGAAUCCAACUCCAUCUUAUUCUUGGGCUCACCGUGCGUGGACAAGCUGGACGAGCUCAUGGGCCGGGGGCUGCAUCUCUCAGACAUCCCGAUCCAUGACGCCACCCGAGACGUCAUUCUGGUUGGCGAGCAGGCAAAGGCACAGGAUGGCUUGAAGAAGAGGAUGGAUAAAUUAAAGGCAACUUUGGAAAGAACUCACCAGGCCCUGGAAGAAGAAAAAAAGAAAACAGUCGACCUUCUAUAUUCUAUUUUCCCUGGUGACGUCGCCCAGCUCUUGUGGCAAGGACAGCAGGUGCAGGCCAGGAAGUUUGACGAUGUCACCAUGCUCUUCUCGGACAUUGUUGGCUUCACGGCCAUCUGUGCCCAGUGUACCCCCAUGCAGGUGAUCAGCAUGCUGAAUGAACUGUACACCAGGUUUGACCACCAGUGUGGAUUUUUGGAUAUUUAUAAGGUGGAAACAAUAGGUGAUGCCUACUGUGUUGCUGCAGGACUCCACAGGAAAAGCCUCUGCCACGCCAAGCCCAUCGCUCUGAUGGCCCUCAAGAUGAUGGAGCUUUCAGAAGAGGUGCUGACACCUGAUGGAAGACCAAUUCAGAUGAGGAUAGGCAUUCACUCGGGUUCUGUGCUCGCUGGAGUUGUUGGAGUGAGAAUGCCACGAUAUUGCCUGUUUGGAAAUAAUGUCACUCUGGCAAGCAAAUUCGAAUCAGGAAGUCACCCUCGGCGCAUCAAUGUCAGCCCCACCACUUACCAAUUAUUAAAACGGGAAGAAAGUUUCACAUUCAUCCCUCGGUCCCGUGAAGAGCUUCCAGAUAACUUUCCAAAGGAAAUCCCUGGGAUCUGCUAUUUCCUGGAGGUAAGGACUGGUCCUAAGCAGCCAAAGCCUUCUCUUUCCUCCUCGAGGAUAAAAAAAGUUUCCUACAACAUUGGCACCAUGUUCCUCCGGGAGACAAGCCUCUGAGACCCACUGCAGAUCAAAGACUCCUCCAAAAAGCACAAGCCCAGAACAUGGGUCAUGACGGGAGAGUAGAACGAGAUGGUUUCUCUUCCACUACUUGCCUGAGCGGAAUUUCUGUGUUGUAUUAGGCAAUAAUCCUAGAAAAAGGUGGAUAAUGACUGUCAGUUAAAAAAAAAAAAAAUGGAAGGGGGUAAUGAGAUGUGUCCAUCCAUGUGAGUGUUUUUGGUCAUAUAUAUAUAUAUAUAUAUACACACACACAUAUAUAUCUAUAUUUUAAGUAGGGGCCCCUUUCAAAACUAAUAGAUUCUGUGUUUCUUGUUUGUCACGCAUACAGGUAUCUUUCCCCAUUUAUCUGGAUCACUUUUGAGAGCCAGUUUUGAGGAUAUAGUCCUCCGUUUAGUGAGUUGGUAUGUGAGGACUAUUUUCUAAUUUUGUUUUUCUGAACAGACAUUUCAUACAUAUCAUCGCAGUGUGGUCGUCUUCCCAGCAGGAAGAACUCUAACUCAGCAAAAUAUUUUAGGGAUAUUACCUAUUUUUCUACAUCUCUCUUCUCCUAGAUAAUUACAUUUCACACAUUACUCCAUUUUCUGAAUCUGCUACUGUGUAGUGUGUCUUAUGUAACUGUAACCUACUAAUCAAAUAGAGUUUCACUCAUUUAGACAGAUUAGUGCUCGGACUGAGCAUACAUAUAACCAGGGACUUCAGAUGCUGAGAAAGCACUGUCUGUCUGCUUAGUAAAUAUAUCUUUUAGAUUUAAUUAAUGUAGCAUGGAAUCCAGAGGAAAUAGCAUUUCCCAAUAAGAGAUUCAUCUGUAACUAGGAUUACAGCAAAGUCUUGUUGCCAUCUUCUAACAAAUGUCAGAUAAAACAAAAUGCUUUGCUGCACUGGACCCUUUUCAAUGUAGCACUUGCAAAAUAGGUACCUUGUACAAUGUCCUCAGCUAUAUUCUAAUAAACAGCGUCCCCAUUCCAUGACUCGUUACUCUUCUCCCCACCUCUGCCCACUCCGCCCGCCGGAUGCCUCCUAAGGGCUACCUGCCACUCUGGGAGAAAAUUGCCAGAUGCUGGCAUAAGGGAGAAAGAGGUUGUAGGCUGUUUGCCAAGAACGUUAUUUCUUCUUGCAAAAUAAGGGGUGGGGGGGAACCCUGUGUUUUAUGGCUUCGAGAUUAAAAAAAUAAUAGUAAUUCUUUUCUCCUGCAGUUUGAUUGAUGUGGCUCUUAAAUUCAUGAAUCACCUUCAGACCUACUGAAGUAGGUCUGUGUCCCCCAGGCCCCAUCAUCGCCAUAGUGACAGACAGGCUUCCAUCCCGUGCGGUCCUAAAAUGACGAUCUGUUCCCGCUAAUUAGCACUGCAUGAAAAUAUUAUCGCAGGCUCCCCCUGAAAUCAGGAGCACAGUACAUCCAGAGUUUUCCUAUUUUGGAUCUAAUAUAAAACCCAAGUUUCUGCUGAGGUUAAUGAACUGGAAAUCGAUGUGUUUCCCUGAAACCUUGGAAUGGCCAUUUUCCUCCAAACGGUGUACUCAUUGAGAGCUUGUGUCUGCUGAACGUGACUGAGCGACUUCUCUGCGCAGGCACGGGGGCUGUGUUAGGAUUCAUUCAUGCCGCAACUCAGCUACGAAGUGUAUUAAUAGUGUCCAGUGUAGCCUGGGAGGCUGACUAGUGCUUUUAAGUUCUCUAAGUGUGUAGCUAGAAAACAUUUAUAGAUACCCAAAGUAUUUGUUAUAAUGGUGAUCUCUUCUAUAAUUGCUGAACAGUUUUCACCCCAAGGCUCAUGAGGAUGCUAGUGCCGCACAUAGCGUGGAGAUGCGAUCUAGAACCUGAGCUUUCUGAAGCCUUGCUUGCCUCCCUCCUCCUUGGGUCUAGGUUUCUGUUUUUAACAACAUGGGGGGCCAGAAGGCCAGUGUGUUUAUUUGAGGGGAGUUUUAUAGACUGGGGGCAGGGUGCUCUUAUGGGGGUAGUUACAAAAGAAUUUCUUCAGGGGACUGGGAAAUUAACCCACUUCCUUCUCAGGGAAGAAGGGGGAGGUCCCCAGUUACUGUGAACGGAACAGGCUGGGCACACCUCAGUCCUCAUGCUGAAGACAGACGACACUUCAGCUGUGUGCUCUGUUACAGCCCAGGAACAUGGGGAGAAAACCAAGCUUCACUGAAGUAAUUUAUAACUAUUCUGCUUAGGAAUUUAGAGCUUAUUAUGAUAAACUAAAUCAGUCAAUGUUUUGGUGGUAAGCAAUGUGUUUCACAACUGUAACACUGCAAGGGACUUCCAGUAAUCAUCCGACCUAUUUCUCUGCUUUUCGUGAGGAUUUGUCUAAGCAACUAUUCUAGAUAUAUGAUCUUUCUCUCUAUACUUAAGAAUAUCUGUGGGAAGCAUAUUUUUAAAACAUCGCUGGAAACCCACUUCAUUACCCAGUCAUUUGUAAUAGGGCGCAAGACAUGAAUUGUAUAUACAUUCAAUUUGUCGAAAAAAUAAACUCUUUUAGUUUAUAUGGCUCUACUUAGACAAGAAGUAGCCAUUUAUAUUGUCACAAAUGUCACCAUGAAAAAUACACCAGAGAUCUAUUAUAUAUCAUAGGCUGUAGACUACACUUUUCAAACAAUGUAAUCUAAAUAUAUCUUCGAAGCUAUAGUCUGAGGCAACAGUCUAGUCUGUUGCCAUUUUGCCGAACUACUACUGUUGAUUAUUAGUUACACUGUUGCUAUGUGAUUGCAAGUUACGCAGACAAUGGCUUUUCGUGCUAGCUGCGCUGGUAGAAGUUAGAAAGCUGUGAAAAACUAUUACAUUAUUUGUCCUACGUAAUACAGACUACAUAUCCUCCAUUUAGGAAUUGUCACUGCAACAUUGGGUCAGAGUAUUUCAUCUGACUAAUAUCUGUACAGUAUUCUUACCUAAAAAUUAUCACAGACAUCAUACAUUUUAGUGUGGCAGAUUAAAAAGGAUGUAAAUGGCUGUCCUAUUAGAAAUCAAGUGGUAUUAAAUUAGGGAAAUGGCUUUAACCCACUCUGAAAGGGUUACAUUAAAAUAUAAUUCAGCACUUACAGCUCCUCUGUUUAGUAUUUUUUGAGGCAACUAAUCUGAAGUCACUUUAUGACGUGGCAUCGGUAUGAGAGAUUCACACCGGCAUCAGAGUUAUUUUGAUAGAAACAAAGUCAUUUGGAAAUAAGUCAGUUACCCAGCAAAGUCACACACCGCCAUGUGUACCUCCAGAUAGCAUACAGUAUGCACCUUGGGGACCUUAAUAAAUAAAUCACAUUAGCCAUAAUGAAAAGAAUACUUCUCAAUGCCUGUAGAACACGUGUCUUUGGGGAAGAAGAUAAAGCUUCUAUGUAACAGGUGACCAAACUGUCUAAAACCUGCCCCGAUACGCAUGCCUUCUACUUUAAAUUAUUUUGGAUUUCCCUUUUAAUAUAUGGCCCUGUGGAGUCCAUGAGCCAUGCCCUACAUGGCUCUGAUUCAGUGCUUCAGAGGGGAAUUUCACAGCCCCGCGCUCGGUUCUCUUGCCCAGGGGUAACAGUUCUCAAGAGACACGGCGUUCUGUUGUUCAGGUGCAAAGUGCACUUCUCCAGGACACACAGAGCAAAGCAAGGCAACAACUUAGACAAAACCUCAUUCACAAGUGCAGCCAGGCUUUCAGUUUUGCCAAACGCACCAAAGAUUUCCAGCAAUAAACCCAAAUUAAGUUGACUGAUACAUACAAAGGGCAAAGCCACAGGGUUUGGAAAACCACCAAGCUCUGUGUUUUGUACAGAAAUAUUGCUCCCAAUUGAAAUCACGUAUUUGAGUUGUGAGAUAUCAAGAAGGAUCUCAAGAUCGAGACUGUCAUUAAAUGCAUUCACUGAAGGCCCCCGCACAUCCUGCUUGCUGAGGGCAGGUGUCACGGAUCAUUAGGGCAGAGAAUAAAACUUGUACCCCGAGCUUUGCGUCUUCUCACGCGUUUUGAGCACUACUGAGCUCUUGCCCAGCCCGUCUGCUCCACGCCGUCAAUGGAAACCCUCUCUCUCAAACCUCUCCAGCAAACGCUAGCCUCUCCACACCUCGCAAGUGAACUAACCGUUCCCAGCUGUGCUGGGGCCUGUUGCCAUCCGCAGCUUUUCCCUGUGCUUUUCCCUCCGACUUUUCCCUCCCUUUUCCGUCCGACUCCAAGCACUUGGUGUAACUUUACCAAAAAUUCAUUCAAAAGGAAUUACAUUUGACCCUGAAGAGGCUUUGGGCGACAACAGAGACCUUUUAGCCAACAAUAUCCAGAAACCCAAGUCCAAGAACCAAGAACCAAUCAGUUGCAACCUAGGUAUUAUUAGGUUAGAGAUCCUCAGCUACAAAAAUCGUGUAAUUUCUGUAAGCAUCUCCUACCAAAUACAGUGGGAAAAACAUGGUGCAUGAGACACUGAGUAAGGAGAAUUUAACCUAUGACCUCCUGCACGACAGCCCCUUAUGGGCCGCUCUCGGAUGCAUGCACUCCACUCACAAGCAGCCGAUUUCCUGUCUGCACAAACGGUGCUGCCGUGACUGAACUAGCUCUACUGUUUCAUGGGUACUCUGGCCCCAGCACUGGACUCAGUCUGAGGCCCCCCGAGUUGGUGAAGUACAGACCCUGAUACUAUACGCAGAUGAACAGGAAUCUGGUCAGAAUAUACCAAGAUAGUGGGCAAAAUUCCUUCCUCACACUUGAAACCUAACUCUUGUCUUGCCGCUCUUCUGUUUCCUUCCUCUGUUCCUUUUUUCCUUUCAUUAAUAAAAAUAAAAAAAAAAAAGCCAGUGAUAGUCAAUCUCAUGCUGUAAAAUAGCUCAUUUUAUAAAGUAAUGAAUCCUCGUUGUGGGGGGAGGUCAGGAUGUGCACGCGUGUGCUAUAUGUAGAUAUUAAGUGAUUAAAAGGAGGGACAUCUUGGAAGGACCUGGAAUGUCAGGAAGUAAAGUUUGCAUUUUUAUUUCCAAUACGUCGUGACCGGAACACGACUUCAGUUGAGGGCUUCACUGCAUUCCUCUCCUUAGUAAGAAAUGCUCCCGUCCAACGGUUCAGCUCAUCAGCGUGGCCGGAUCCGGCUGCCUGUGGACGAGGCACCCAGGAAGCCUUCCGAAAUACAAACUGCUGAGCUCCACGCCUGCCCAGAUCUGGGCUCAGCGGGCGGCAGGUGUGGCCUUGGCACUGUAUUUAGAAAACCACUCUAGGUAAUGAGAAUAGAAAGCCAGAUUGGGGCAUCGCUGAAGAGUAUUCAAAUAACCCAAUCCCCAGGGAUAAAUACAAGUUGACUAAGAGAGUCGUGUAUUAUUUCAUCUGUCGUUAUUUUGGAAAGCUAAGUGUUUUGGGCUUUGUAGCAUUAUUUCUUUCACAAGUCUUAAUUUUAGCUUUGGUCUUAAAUUUAUAGUCUGCUUUUGGAGCAGGAGACUUCAAACUUAUUAGAAACAGAAGUCAGCACGAAUAAGCAGGAGGGAGGAAUAUUGCUCACUAUAGGGCUAUCAGGCACAGUGGACCCAGUCCCGUUUUCUGUUACCGCCAGAGCUGUCCGUAUCCCACCGUACUUGCUGAUCUGCCCCACCAGGCUACGAACUACACACUUUUGGACACAGUCUGAUUUCCGAAUGAUCCGUUUUUAUGUUGUCAAGAAAUCACCAGCUUAAUACUUAGUCUCACUCUGUACUUUUCACAUUGAAUUUCACACUCAUCUAAAAAUGAUUUCCUAGCAAUACUUUAAAACAACCUUUCAAGCAAUAAUUUAAGCCAUGGUAUGAGGCUGUAUGAAACCUGUACUUCUGUGCACUUCGUGGAACCUUUAGGGAAAUAGAGGCAUAUUUUAUACAAGCAAUAAUAGAGCGGGUGUGGACUUCCAAAAGAUAUUCGCAACUCGAGCAAAAUGAGCAGCAGCAAGCGAAAACUUGGAUAAAAGUUACCUGCGCAAACGACAUGGGUCAUGCAUCUCAGAAGCUACUCAUUUGGACACUGCUGUGAAGUCACAGACUCCCACCACGCUCUUUCUGUUGUAUAAUUUGAAAAAUACCUAUCAUAAUAUGAUUUCUAUUCCUCUGUGAAGAGAUCUGUGUAUGUAAUGUUGCCCAGGCUUUGGGAUCUUUGUAGAAUUUAACAGUGAGGAGUAGUUAAGGAUGGAUCCAUGAGUGAAGGUACAGCAUAGGUCGGAUGAGGUGACUGAGAAUGUAGCUUUGCAGAAAUAUGGAUGGAUCUUGGGACAAGUUAAUUCAACUCUUGGUAAGGUCUUAGAAGAUGAAAGAGUAAAGAUAAAAAGUGCUCAUUGCUACUGUUUUCUAUGAUGGCAAAUACUUGGGAAAUAGAAUAGUAUUUUGGCUCCUGAAUAUGAUUGGUUGGAUGUCAUCUGAGGUAUAAUUAAUGCACAUCUGAAAAUGAUUCUGUAGCCAUAUUGAAAAUAAUCUGCCCUUCUCAACUCUUUCGAUGAAAGUACUAAAGUUUCUACAUUUCAAAACGAGUAAUUCACAUUUUUAGUCUCAAAAUGUAAUUUUAAACAUAUGUGGAAUAGUCCCUAAUAAUCAGUCCUCUAAUAGUCAAAUUCCUCCCCUAUCAUUUAGCAUAACGUACUAGGAUGACAGCUCAAGGCAGGUGGUAAACUCACGUUCUGGUGAGGAACUUCUAAACACCAGGUUGUUAUUUAGCAAAGUCAUAUAAACUUAGGACCCCCCAUUCCUAAACCUCUGAAUCGGCUUACCACCCCUAUUACUGCCUCCCCUCACCGGAAAAACUCUCUUCUAGUCGUGAAUCUGAAUACAGUUGCAUUUGUAUUUGCUGCUACAUUACCUUCUUGUUAACCACUGCAAAACUUAAGGUAGCAUCCUUUUGCUCGCACUUUAGAAAAUCCCCCUGUAAAAAUCCAACAGGAUCGUUGAUUCCCCGAGAGAAAGUUUUUUUUGAUAAUUAUCUUUUUUGCAUAUCAUUGGAGGCUUAAUUCUCAAUAAACAUACUUUUCAUUGUUAAUAAACAGAAAAUACUUAAUUUGAACCUAUUAUAGUGACUCUUUUGAUGCACAAUUUAAACAUAAAGGAAUCAGUUAAUAUUCAGCCUUCUUCUGUGGCCUUUUCACUAUCUGGAGAUAAGGAGAGGAUUCUCCUAAAUAUAUUUUUACUGUGGUCUAUUAAAUGUAAUUAAAUAUGAGGACCAUAAUGCAUUAAUUGGGGUAAUACCAGAAAUGUACAAAAUUGCUUUACAUCACCCCGCUUUUUAAAGACGAGCCUCCUCUUUUUCUACCUAGCAGAUGCACAUCAGACCCGGGACCAGGGACAGAUGGAGAUGGUGGGGAUGGGCAAGAGCUUUAGCAGAGACGGAGCAAAAAGAUUUUUUUUCUGCAGGAAGGUAUAGAUGCUCUUAAAGGAGAGGCAGUUUCCACAGUGGACUUAAGGAAAGCCAGAUGACUUAUUUGACCACUGGUCCUUCUUAUGUUAAAGAGACAAGAGGAAACUAAACUCCUUCACAAGCCAUUUUCAGUUUCCUUGGGAGGUAGCGUCAAGUCCGUCAGCAGCGGUGGAGAUCAGGGUUAGACCUCAAGGAGCUACAAAUAGAAACUCUCGAAGGUGGCCGAGAGAACCAGCCUCGGUUACCGCGGUGAAGGUCAAUGGAGGUGCCAGGACGUCUGGCCUGCAGGAACAAAGGAGGCCAAACAGCAGCUCUGCCGUGUGUCGCAGAAGAGUGUGCUAAGAUUAGCUCUGAGAACCGACUACCAGCGUGCAAGUGCAUAUUCAAACAUUUCCCCCCAUUUUAACGCGCCCGGCCAAGCUAACGCUCAGUGAGAAUACGGUUUGAUCUCACGCACCCUUUCUCUGAGUGUGUUCUGACAUUCUAGAAAUGAUAUCUUUCCCUCAUUGGGAAAUUUCAUCCUAAAGAAUGGAAAAUACCCUGUGUUCUAAAAUCAGUAAAAUCAUUUUCGGAGCUAGACUCUAUUCCAUAGUCUUCACAUCAUCCUCAAGGGGGGCUUGGGCUGCUGGCAGGACAAGGGUUGGGCUUUAGAUAGAAGCCCUUCUGACCCCAAGCCCACCCAGCUCCUGAGGGCUGGGGCUGGGGAGAGUCACCCAGCAUUGAUGGUGUUCUGCGGGAGAGAAGGGGUAUUCCCUGGCUUGGGAGAUGAGAAGUGGUUAGGUGGCCUCUUACCCUCAUUGGAAGAUGUUUCACUUUUACGUAACGGGUUAAUUCAGGCAGAGAUUGUAUGGAACAGAAAAAAAUUUUAAGGGGAGAAACAAAUCUGAAUCACUUUUAGUUGGAAUUAUCAGCUAGAAAAAGGAUUUAGGACAAAGAUUUCUGUCUUGAAAGAGUCAACUUACAUCCCAAAGUCACAAUGCUAGACCCCUUUGAAGGCUUUCUAAAUGUAUCCAUUUCUUCAGCACUGAGAAAGAAAAAUACUUUUUUUGAUCGAUUAAGUUCCUAUCCCCUGGAAAUAACGCAUAAUCAUAAAAUGCAUUUGAAUCAUCUUUUUCUCUAUGUUUUCCAUUUGUGGCAGAAUAGAUACAUAGGAUGUCACAAAAACAGACUUAAUUGUGGCAUUAAGCCAUGGUGUGCAAAUUUGGCAACAUUCUUUUACUUAAAAUACUAAGCUGUUUUUAAUGACAUGAGGGAUAAGAGUAACAGUCAAAUAAUACUGGAUUAAGACCCAUUCACACUGAGAUUUUUCAUAUCCAUAUUCCUAUUAUUCUCAGAAUAAAAUCGAAGUCAGAGCUCAUUGAUAUUCAAGUCAUUUGAACAGUAAAUAUACAUAUUCUGCAUCACCUCUGACUAACAAGAAUCUAUAUACAUUCCCGAACUCAACAAAACAUCAAAUCCUAGAACAACUCUGCUUUUAUGGUCUCUCCUUUACGCUCAGUAUCGCUAACUUUCAAGGCCAGAAGAGAAACAGCUUUCUUCUGAGGCUCGGGGUGGUGGGAUCAAAUCUGGAUCUAUAGUAUAUUUCUGUAGAGCCCCUUGAAACAUUUCUGUUUGCUUGUUUUCAUUCAAAUCUCCAUGAAGUGAAGCAAAAUACUAGAGUGGCCAGAGAGUUGAUCAACAAUGUGAAACCCCCCUUCCAACUUUGAUUACCAUGUUGAAAUGAAAGUCAAAGUGUGCCUUGGUGUCUCAGAUGAAUUGUUUGAGUCUGUUUUAACUGUGUCAUCGGGCGCUCGUAACGUCCAUCCCUUUCUUUGUUAUGCUACUCGGUGACCUGCGGUAACGGGUACCAUCGCCUUUUCUGUUGAUCGUUCAAAACACUUCACUCCCUAUCUAAAAAGAAUUCUCCUGCUAACACGCAGACAGAUACCUGACUACAGGACGUGCCCUGUUUCAUGAGAUCCAUGAAAUACUUCCGGCGGGCUUCAGCCGGACUGCCGGAGGAAGGACAGCAGCAGGGAAGAUGAAGAGAGAGAAAAAUCCAGUUUUGCCUACAUUACAAUUAUGUCUCUAGCUAGCCCAACCCCAUUAACCCAGAAGAAAGCUUAAAAAAGCGGGGGGGGGGGGGGACUGAUUAUAGAUUUUUAAAUAGAGUUUUCACUAUUUUUAAAUAGAGUUUUAAAUAGAGUUUUCACACUUCACUUUCACACUUUCACACUUUACAGAAUGUCAAAGUUCAUCACGUCAAAACUUUAAGAAGAAUCUUUAAAAACAUGCUCAUCAGAAUGAAUCUUUUUUAAAGUCUGAGAACUUCUUGCCUUAUAGAUUCUGCCCCUCCAUCCCCGCCCCAGCUCCGUGCGGAGUUUGUCCUCUGCUGGGAAAACGUGGUCCUGUGCCUUCCGUCGGUAUUUGCCGUAUGUGCUCACUAAACAGCAUUACAGUCUUUAGGAUAAUGAGAACCAGCGAAAGGGUCUGGGUCUCAAGUGUGGCUGUAACUUGAGCAUCAGCAGAAUUGGCAGCUGUGUCGGAGGAAGGCUCUUGGCACGCACGAAAGGCGCAGCCACUGUCCAGGAAGCUCACCAGGCCCCCGAAGGUGGCCGGCAUCCGCUGCUUCUCUUGUUUUCCUCUCCUUCCCCUCCCCGCCUUUCUUCUCGCCUUCCUACCUUCCUUCCUUCUUUUCUUAUGAAAGAUGUGAAAAUCGUGCGUGUUUCACUCUUUGGGCGGGGGCUUCUCUUUCCCGCUUGCAUCUCACUGGGCACAGGGCGGCUGCAGGAGGUGAGGGAACGAAGGCGCAACUAGAGAUCGUUUGGGCUGGAAAUGACCGAGCUCACGGAGACCUUGGCUUGACCUCCCUCAAAACAGGAGAUUAAAAUACUUCCCUGUUUGUUCUUUUCCACUGAACCCAAACACUUUCUCAAGAAGCAUCCUGGUCAACCUUUUGGACAACGUCCUAUUUUUGCCCCUACAGAGAUCUUCAUUUAGCAAAAUCCUCUGAUUUUCAAAUAGUAAAUUUUCACUUGGGGACCACACUGCUCAUCACUGAAAAAGGAAAGACGCUUCUUCCACUUGUAAGGAGAUUGUUUUUUAAAAACGACUUUCCAGUAAGGCCAGUACACCCAGUGCUAGUUGGUUUUACUGGCUCUUUAUCAAGAGAUGACCAUUAUACUGUCUUGCUUCCUGUGCACCCCUCUGUAACUCGGCUUGGCAUAGCACGGGGUUUGGGGUCCUUCUGAGGGUCUGAAAACAUUUGCCAUCAAUUUUGUGAGUCUACUGUAUUGAAAAAGCAAUAUACAAUGUAUUCUGUUUCUUAGCUCUCCGCCUUUGAGAUCCUAGUGUGCAUUCAGAUACCUGUUUAUAACCACAAUUUCUACUUACGCACCAGAAUUAACUAAUUACCAUGCUCUUAAAUACAGAAAGACACAGGUUGGAUCCUUUACAAGUCCCAAUUCAAAGCCUUUUUUUUUUUUUUCAGAGAAAAUUCAAUCAUUUCUAGCAAAGUAUUUUAUUCUUAAGGGGAAAGAAAUGAAUUAUCUUAUUUAAAAGAAUGAAAAUGAGGAAGAUAUGCUUUUUCAUUUUAGGUGUCCUCAACACUAGAAUAAUUUGAGCAAGUAUUGAAUAAGAUUUAAAGAAUCUUUAAUCCCUCAACUGAAAAUAUUUUCAUUUUUUGUUAGUGUAUUAAUAAUAUAGUCAAGCUCUUUAUCAAGUAGUCUCUGUGAUUUAAGUUUGUGUUCAUUAAGAGAAAAUUGUAAGAAAUAAUACAGCUUUUGUACUUUUGUAUUUUUCUGGAAAGAUAAGCUUCUGUGAGUCAAAUAUCUUUGAAUUUUGGUUCUCACUUCUCAUUUAGACUUUUUUUUUAAAAUACAUCUCAAGGGUCUUCUACUCUAACAGAUUGGGUAGUCAGUACAGGGAAGGGAUAUGACAACUUCAGAAAAAUUAAAAACUUGAAAAGGGUAAAUUUCAAUGUCAGUUGACAUUUAUUUAUUUCACACUAACUUAUUGUGAAAUUGUGAAGAAAGAGGCAGCUACCAUAUAAAUUGACACUUACAAAAAUACAAAGUACUUUCUUCCUGUGAUCUCCAGUGUUAAAGAAAGGCUGUGUCUUGAGAUAAUACACAAUAUUAAUACUUAUUUGCCUUCAAUGCCUUUACCGUUUUUAUUUCUUGAUGGAAAUAUGUUAAAUAAUCAGCAUAGAAAUAGAAUAAAUGUGGUUAAGGAAAACAGGAGAAAUUAAGAUCAAGUGUGAACAGCCAUGACCCACAGUCCUAUUUUCUCCAUUUUGUUCUUCCUGCCGAAUUGGCAUCUAAGGCCCAGGUUGGCAAAGUUUACAAGCUACUAAUUACUGUCUCCUUUAAGAAUUUGGAGAUAAGGAUGAAUUAUUCCAACUACGUGGAUAUUAAUUCAGCCAUCCUGGCAGGUUUUGACUACCAUGAAAAUCAGGUUGGGUUCAAAUUUGAAAAAUGGACCAUGGAGAGAAAGACUUUUUGAUUUUUCUUAGAGAUGAAUAAACAGCUCUUCCCUUAUUUUAAAAAACAAAAAAAUCUUCCUGGGAGUUUGGCCUUGGAAAAACUCUGACAUUUUCUAACAUCUGCCUGCAACUCCAUUAUAACUUCGGUAAUCAAGUCACAGAACUGUCUCAUCAUGCUUUUGAAAUGUACCGAUUAAGUGCAUUCCAGAAAUAACACAUAUCAUUCUUCAUUUCAAAAUCAACCUACCUGAAUUCUGACUCCUAGACUGUGAGUAGCCAUUUUAUAAAACCAAAGGGUCUCAUUUCCCAAAACUGUACUUUAGAUAAAAAAUUAAAAAAAAAACACCAAAAAACAAAAAUCUUGCCUGUUCAUUUCAGUGUAUAAGAUGAAUAGCCAGUGCAUUUCCAUCAAACAUUCUGGCUCUAUAUGGUCAAUGGUAGGCUUCCCGGCUCAAUACAAACACAUAGUUAGAAUGUGCUAGGCCUUCAUUUGCUUCUGCUGCAUGGGGUAGGUUUUAUGUAAUGAGAUACCUGAACUAUGUUAUAAUCCUUUGGCCAAUUCAUUUGCUGUAAUUUCAUGAAUCUUUAAAUUUUUGGUUUGGCUUGCAGUAUAAAUACUAUUGUACAUGUGCUAUUUUGCUAUCAGAGUAUACUUUGUGAGUCAUUUCUUU